CGAAUUGAACCGUCUAAAAUAUACUACUGUAUGUUACACCGUCAUCAUCUAUCUAUUAUUAAGCUUCCCGAAACGUAGUACAUCAUACACAGUAAUAUUCCUUUCUUCCUUUUUUUAAAUUCUCUGUUUGCUUACAACAUAAAAAUCAAAUAAAAAAGUAGUAAAGAAAUUUGUAUUGGAAUUGGGGGAAAAAGGAAGGAUGGUGAUGGGGGUGAGUAUACAGUUGUUGAUGGACUUAACAGUUGCUGGGAUUUCGUUGAUGAUUGGAUUUGGGAUUUUCGCUCUCAUCACUUCUCUUCUUUGUUCUGCCGCCUUCUUUCACAACGCCAAAUCAUCCCACUCUUCUUCUUCUUCCUAAUUACCUUCCUUCCAUAAACCCAUGGGCCCCCGGGAAUCAGAAGUCUAUUUGAAUGACUAAACGGGAGCUUCAAAUGAUGGUGUUAGCGGUUAGUUAGUGUCCUUUUGUUCUAGUAAUCUGUCAACUCCGUUGUAAGAAUGUAAAGAGUUAAUAAACUUUGGUUUUAUGUCUUACAUCUAUUCUAUGUUGUACUUCGGAAUGUAUAUAGCAUGUAUUUUUGUAUCUAUGACUGGUUUUGAACUAUAGCAAAAAACUAUGGAAAAUGAUACACAAUUGUAUAAUGAUCUUUCAGUUA